CAAGUGUUGACUCAAACAGCGACUCAAAAACUGUAAGCUUUUGCACGCAUUGAUCGCAACGACUGUACAGACAUUCAGUCACUUUCUGGCACUCACUGUGUGUUUCGCAACGCAAACAGCCAUUCAUUGUCUCAUCGGUUGAUACCAUACAUACAUUACCAUCACUUAUACCCAUCACUACCUCUUAGCCACAGAUUUGAUCGCAUUUUAUACCAGUUUUUGUUAUUCAUUUAGUAGUUCACAGUCUCAUCGCAAACACGGCACCGGUAUUCAUGUCUAACCCGAGGGCACAGCACAGGCGUCACCACCAAAAUCAGGACAACACGUCCCGACAGACGUACCGCAACUCGUCGUUCAAUGAUCGACGAGAUAAUAGGGAUAACAGGCCCGAGAGGACUGUCUUCAGGAGUGCCACCGAUGGCAGGGAUGUCCGGCGACAGUUCAAUGACAGCGCCGGUGGUCAGCGACAGCCGCCUAAAGACAUGAGGGAAGCGCCGGGAGGUGUGGCCACCAAAGCGGACACGAAUCACAUGCCGGGGAUACCGGUGUCGAAGAACCAGUCGACCAUUCCGUUCGGCGGUGACACCAAACAGGAGGCCAUCAGCGGUUCUAACGCUUCCAAUGUUACCAAACCGGAGGUGACGGUCACCACCGCUCCAGAGGUAGCGAAUGGCGCGGCUGUCGACACAGUAACCGAUGGUAUGAAACGAAUGGAUUUGAAGGCACCGGAAGACGACGCGAAGGACACGAAUGGCGUGAAGAGUGGCGACGAGCCGUCGCCGCAACCAAUAGGAGUCACUCCGGAUAAGACAUACAGCAAAGCCUUGACCGCAGCCCUCGAGUCCACUGUUGACACCGCUUUGCCGGAGACUCGGAUCAGGCGCUCAUACACCGUGAGCGGGGCCGGUAUGGGCGCCAAAUACCCGGGUCAGCACCGGUACACGAACCAGAGGAAUGGCAACAACAACACCGGCAACGACUCCGUGCGCCAGAACCACAUCAACGCCAAUAAGUUUUACAAUUCUAACGAUCGAUACAACGCUAACGCGAAGAACGAGUCCAUGGAUUACAAGCGCCCUCUGAAGCCGCAGCACCACAAGCUGUCGCCGCAGAAGUCCUACAAGAAUCCCAUGAUCUACGAGUGCACACCCAAUGUCAGUCUCAUACAGCCAUACGCCGUGAAUCCAUACGUGAAUCCCGAGUACAUACCGAUCCAGCGCUACCAGUAUUACACGAUUCCCGUGCCGUACGCUAACCCUCUGCCACCCAAUCCCAGUCCUAAUCUCAAUGGUGGACAUCAGUCGUCGUCGGCGAACACCGGUCUCAAUGGUGGUCCGAAUAGCGCCGGUAGUAAGGGCUCGGACGCCGGCAACUCGUCGAUCGACAAGAAUCAGAUGUCAUUCUUCCAGCCAUUCCAGCCGACGCCCGAACAUCCCGUUCCCCCCACUUAUUACGGAUACAUCGCGCCUAUAGUCCACGAGAACGGCGCGUACGCCUACUAUUUCGUCAGUAUCUUCCCGCCAAACAUAACGCCCCUCCGCGUGGACGUCGACCCGAACGGCUGUCCCGUCAUUCCGUCCAACUGUAUGCUCAUGAAUGCCGUCGACUACUCCAACGCUAUGCUCAACGCUAACUGAGUCGUGCUACCGACCACUAGACUACUAGCCCUCCCGGUUGUGACCCCUGACACCCCAUGUUUCCCCUAUUUUUCUAUAAUAACACUCAAAUAAUACUCUCUAUAUUCAGUUGUUUAUAAAUAAUUAGAUUUGUAUUUUUCUAUUCGUUUAAAGCUUAGGUUUAAUUAUUAUUACUAUUUUUGUUUAUUAUCUAUACUUUUUUCCCUAACAUUUAAUUUGUCUGUUUUUUUAUAAUUACCAUAAUUAUUAGCGUAUUAAUACGUGUUGUAAAAUAUCUGCA